UCUCUAUUCAACACCACCCACCUCUCUUGUUCUCAUCUCUCUUCCUUCCCUUGUAUGUCUCUCUACCUCUCCCCUAAGACGAUGACAGUGAUGAUUAUGAUAUGACACUGUGACCAGCCAAUGAUCACGCAAGGAGGGAGUAGAAGGGGUGUGUCUAGAGGCAGAGCUUGGAGCUGAUCGAUGCUGAGAAGACUGAGGAGGAAGAAGGGGAAGAGAGAGAGGUAGAGGAGGGUGGGAGAGGCCUGUCUGAGCUGAAGAGCACCUACACUGGCUUAAUAAAGGGGGGGGACAGGAGGAGGAAGGGGGAAGAGGAGGAGGAAGCAAAGAAGCUGUCGCCCAUCAGAGGGGGAUCAACCUGUGCUGACAUGGACAAAUAUCGACCAAAGAGACCAACCACCCUAGCUCUGUUCCCACAGCUGCCACAAGCCGGCACCCAGUAUACUUUGACUCUGUGCUCCCUUCCCUCUGUGCCGGUUCAUCUUCGUUCCUCUGUGACAAGCAUACAGGCCAUUAUUCCUAGUGACUCUAUCAACAACAACUCUUUAGGCAAGAAGGACAGCUGGAAGAACUCCCACUCUUCUUCCCCACACAUCACAGGAGAUCUAACACCACCGGAUGUCCAACCAAAAGCGCAGGACAAAGUCUUGCACAGCACAUACCACCAAGACCCCAAACCACCCAUGAACAAUGAAACCAGCAGCAAAGCUAACACUCUGGCUGCUGCCACCGCCACAGAUACACGAUCUCGACUGCGGGAAAAACAGGUGUCUGGGGUCACGCACAUACAGUCCUCUAGCACUCUGAGGAGUCAACGAAAAGGGGGAGGAAGAGGAGCAACAGCAAUGAAAGAGAGGAGCCUGGGGGACAUCAGAGGAAAGGAUGAAGUGACAACAGGGAAGGAAGAUAGAAGAGGAGGAAGACCGUGUGCAGAGUCCAAGGUGAAGGAGAAAGAAAGGAAUGGACAUCAGAGGCCAAGAGAAGCAAAUGUACUGAGAAGCCGGGGGUCUGAAGGGAAAAGAAAAGUUGGUGCUAAAGGGGGUAACAGAGGAGGGGUAUUCAAGCCAAAUAACAUACUGUGUAACCAGGAAGUUUAUCUGACAGCCAUGGUGGUUCCACGCACACCUGUAGCACCAAGAAACCAGGACAAGAUCCAAGACAAAGGCCAAAGCCAUGACAGGACCCAGGAUAACCCCCCUGUUCUCUCCCGGUCCAGCAGCGGGGGGGGGUCGAACAGAAUGUCCCUCAGCUCAGACACGGAGGGCCCCCCACCGGGGCCUCUGCAUCCCUCUCUACCCUACCGAACCAACCCUGACAUCAGUGAAGAGGAGGGGGAAGGAGACCCAACUGCCUGCAUAAACUGCCUUGCAGGUAAUGAAAAAACAGAGAUGGACUGUACCAAGUCAGAGGUUGAUGCAGGGCGAGGAAAAGUUGACAGUAACACUGAGGUGGAUUUCACAAACUCUGUCACUCAGGGAGAUUCUGUUGCAACUUGGACUGUACCAAAGAGUGACGCUACAGCAGGGUUAAAUUAUGACUCUGUUAAAUACACUCUGGUGGUUGAUGAACACGCUCAGUUGGAGCUAGUCAACCUGAAGGACUGCUUGCACAGUUACGAUGAGCACAAUGAUGACAGUGAUGCAGAGACAGUCUAUCAGUCAGCAAAUGAGGAGGAAGACCCAGAGUAUGAGGAAGAGAGGAAGAGGAGACAUGAAGCAAGGAAGCAAGAAGGGAGGAAAGAGGAGAAAAAUAGAAGAAAGGAAGAGGAGGUGACAAAGAAGAGAAGGGAAGAGGAUGUGAAGAUGAGGAGGGAGGAGGAGGUGAAGAGGAGGAGGGAAGGUGUAGCAAGGAUCUGCAAGCAGUCCAAGGUAACGUCAACCACAGUUUCCGAGGAAGAGGAUUCUCACGGAGGAAGGGCUGGAGCUCCCAGAAGUAGGAAGUUCCUCAAUCUGUUUGCCAACAACAGCAGCCAAUACAGUGCCACUGGUGCUGGGUCAUUUGGUGUGUUCUCCUGUGUUUUGGAUGGAGUGGAGAGACAGCAGAGCCACAGAGCUGUCUACAGGUUUGUCCCUCGUCAUGCAGAUGAGCUUUACCUAGACACAGAUGACCCUGUGUUAAUGCUGAACCAGUCUGAGGACCUGUGGUGUCAGGGUUACAACAUGAGGACUGGAGCCACUGGCAUUUUCCCUGCCUUUUACGCUGUCAAGUUGGCCAAAGAUAUUAACCAAGUCCAGAAAGAUGGUUGGAUAGAGCAGUUCCUCGUGCGAUUCCUGGGCUCAGUUCAGGUCCCCAUCCACAAAGGCAAUGACGUGCUGUGUGCUGCGAUGCAGAAGGUAGCAUGUAACAGACGGUUAGCAGGUCAGCCUCCCUCAGCUUGUGUUCUGGAGGUCAGUGUGAAGGGUGUGAAGAUCAAUGUCCAGGACCAAUGUCACUCUGCUCACAGGGGAGAUCAGUGUUUCCAUUUUUUCCAGUUAAAGAACAUCUCAUUCUGUGGUUGCCAUCCAAAUCACAGCAAGUAUUUUGGUUUCAUCACCAAACACCCUGACCAACAGCGCUUUGCCUGUCACGUGAUGAUGUCAGACACAACAUUACAUCCUCUGGCUGAGUCUGUAGGGAGGGCAUUCCAGCAGUAUUACAAGGAGCACAUUGGCUACUCCUGUCCCACUGAAGACAUCUUCAUUGAAUAACACCUGUCCUCCAUCCUAUGUACUGAAUACUUACUAUGUGCAUGUAAGCCUGGUCUUACACCACAAACUGGACCACUGAUAUAUCUUCUUGCAUGGUGGAUUUUCUUUUCUUAGCUGAAUUCAGUGAUACAGCGAGAUUUCCUGCCUCUGGCCAUGUCACAAUAUAAAUACCUCUAUGGAUGGUAAGGAUCACAUGAGAUGUCCCAUACAGUGAGAACAAAUGUUACAUAAAUCUACCCAAACUCAUACACAAAUAUCUGAUAUUGAGAUAUUUUAUAUGCUAAUAUUACAUAUAUGUAACUACACGUAGAUAUUGGAUGUAAAACCAUAUAGACAGCCUUCAGGGCUAUGGAGUCAAUUUAAUGACAGACUGUUUAUAUCAUCAAUUUCUGAACUUGGAACCAGUGCUGAAAAUAAAUAACCAUUAAUCACUGACAGUUUUGGUAAUUGAUCCACCAUUUGAGUAACAUAUCAAAAAAUAAGAAUCAUCAUCUAUGGUAGCAGCUGCGUGAGGCUGUAUUUAGGCACGGCAGUGCUUUGAGCUACUGUAAAUGGCAAUGUCAGCAUGCAUUUGGCCAUAAACCAAACUAGAUGAAAAAUCGGGGUCACCAAGGGUAUUACAAUUUACCGUCUGGGGAGCAUGAGUGUCUAUAACAUGGGAAUCCACUCUAUAGCUGGUUAGACAUCUUGCUCAAAAAUAAAAAUGUCACCCUGGGGAAUUCCCCAGAAGAUUCAUCUUCUGGGGACCAUGAAUGUCUGUACAAAACUUCAUGGCACUCUAUUCCAUGUUUGCCAAGACAUUUUAGUCUGGAAAAAAUGUUGGACUGACUGACUGAUAAUUCAAUUCAAUUUUAUUUAUUUAUAUAGCGCCAGAAGUAAUCUCAGGGCACUUUUC